CGCCGCCGCCGGGGUCCACGGGUGUCAAUACAGCCGCCCCUCCGCCCUCCCACACGGGUCCCCGCCACGCCGAGCCCUGCUGCCCCUCCGCCGCUCUUCCCCGCACCGAGCCCCCUGCAUCCCGCGGCAAUGUGUGAUCUUCCCCUGUAAAAGCGACCAGAUUGACUGAGUCCCCUUUCUUCCCUUGCCCCAUUGCAUCUUCCCACCCAUGUUCCCUCUCCCUCUCCUUCUCCCACUGGGAAAGACGGAUCUGAGGAAAAAGAACAGCCAAGGAAUACAACAGGAUAUUGUUGAAGAUCUCCAGAGAGGACCUUCGACUCCUCUUCGUGUUACACAGCUCUACCUGAACUAAUUCAUCUGGUGAUGAAGUGUCGUGUACUACUUGCAUCUGCUUUAUCUUCUUUUGAUCUCUGCCCGCAACCUCUGAAGUUUAUUACGGUAUUUUCAGAGCAACAUCUUAAUUAACUUGAACAAAGAUGUGGAUGUUUUUGGGCUGGGAAACCUCUAGCUACAUCUGAACUUGCUCACCUUCCCUUGAAACAAGUGUGGAUAUUAUUGUACUGGGAACAGUGGGGUGGAAGUGAUAAAAGCACCCUUCCUUGUUGGAUAACACUCGCAUAUGCCUGGAUUUUUAUGCUUGCAGCAAAACUAGCUUGGAUAGCCAUGCCUUUGCUAGGGCCCUCCGAUCCGCUGAUUCUUGGCCGCAACUGAACAAAUUAGCAGCUCACCAGUAGUCUUCCAAAGCAUCCUUCUUUGGACAGUCCCUGCGCUAGUUGGGAACGCAAUUGGGUUUUGAUGGUGACGACCUCUUUGUAAAAGUUUUCUUCUCUCACAGCUCUGUGCAAGAUGGCUGCAGGAGUGGCAGCGUGGCUGCCGUUUGCUCGAGCAGCGGCCGUGGGCUGGCUCCCACUGGCCAAGAAGCCAAUGCCCAAGCCUCCUCCUGACAAGAAACGUCGUACUGAUGAAAUUUUGGUGGUUAAUGUCAGUGGGAAGCGCUUCCAGACUUGGAAGAAUACUUUGGACCGUUAUCCCGAUACUUUACUAGGCAGCUCGGAGAAGGAAUUCUUCUACGAUGAAGACAGCACAGAGUAUUUCUUCGAUCGUGACCCGGAGAUGUUCCGCCACAUCCUCAACUUUUACCGCACGGGCCGGCUCCACUACCCCCGCCAUGAGUGCAUCCAGGCCUUCGAUGAAGAGCUAUCCUUCUACGGCAUCAUUCCAGAGCUCAUCGGUGACUGCUGCUUGGAGGAGUACCGGGACCGGAAAAAAGAGAAUGCGGAGCGUCUAGCGGAGGAUGAAGAGGCUGAGAUUGCCACUGACACAGCUUUACCGCCGGACAGCACUUUCCGCCAACGGCUCUGGAGAGCGUUCGAGAACCCCCACACCAGCACCAUGGCUCUGGUCUUCUAUUACGUGACUGGAUUCUUCAUUGCUGUGUCGGUCAUUGCCAAUGUGGUGGAGACCAUCCCAUGCCGGCCGCCUCCCGGGAAGAAGAGGAACCAGCCCUGUGGAGAACGUUUCCCCAAUGCUUUCUUCUGCAUGGACACCGCCUGUGUCCUCAUCUUUACCUUUGAGUAUCUCAUGCGACUCUUUGCAGCCCCGAGCCGAUUCAAGUUCAUGAAGAGUGUGAUGAGCAUAAUUGAUGUGGUGGCCAUCAUGCCAUACUACAUUGGGCUUGUGAUGCCAGAAAAUGAAAACGUUAGUGGGGCCUUUGUGACACUGAGGGUCUUCCGGGUCUUCCGUAUCUUCAAGUUCUCCCGGCAUUCGCAAGGACUGAGGAUCCUGGGCUACACCCUCAAGAGCUGUGCCUCGGAGUUGGGCUUCCUCCUCUUCUCGCUCACCAUGGCCAUCAUCAUCUUUGCCACUGUAAUGUUCUAUGCUGAGAAGGGCACUGCAGAGACCAACUUCACCAGCAUCCCCGCUGCCUUCUGGUACACAAUUGUCACCAUGACCACACUUGGCUACGGUGACAUGGUCCCAAGCACCAUUGCAGGGAAGAUCUUUGGUUCCAUCUGCUCUCUUAGCGGGGUGCUGGUCAUCGCCCUCCCUGUUCCUGUCAUCGUUUCCAACUUCAGUCGGAUCUACCACCAGAACCAGCGGGCAGAUAAGCGACGAGCACAGCAGAAGGUUCGUCUGACCCGGAUCCGUCUGGCCAAAAGUGGCACUACUAACGCUUUCCUUCAGUAUAAACAGAAUGGAGGCCUUGAGGACAGAGAUCCAGACACACAUGCCUUGGCUGUGCGCAACCGCUCAGCCUUUGAGCAGCAGCACCAUCACUUGUUGCACUGCCUUGAGAAAACUACUAGUCAUGAGUUUACUGAUGAACACUCCUACAGCGAGUUCUGCCUGACUGAGCCCCUGGGCUACCGCACAAGCCGCAGCACCUCUCUCUCCUCCCAGCAAGGCAGCAAAGGGGGCCUCAGCUCUUCCUGCUGCCCCCGACGCACCAAACGCCGCCCCACCCGCCUGACCAACUCCACCAUGACUAUGAGCCGCGCCAGUGCUCAGGAGCUGGAUACGAUAAACAGCCAAAAAAGUGCUGCCCCCCAGAGUCGCUCCAGCCUGAAUGCCAAGACCCACGACAACUUGAAGCUGAACUGUGACACCCCAGACUUCACUGCAGCCAUCAUCUGCAUUCCCACUCCUCCUGCCAACACGCCUGACGAGAGCCGGCCCCCUUCGCCUGGAGGUGGCUCCAGUGGACCUCUGCGCAAUUCCAGCCUCUCCACCCCAUACAUCCUCCACGAGACUGUCAAGAUCUCCUCCUUGUAAGAGGAGACUGGGGCGGGGUGGGCCGCUUCCUCUGUCCUUCCUCUCCCAAAGUCACUGCUGGCCCUCAGGGUCCCAGUCAGGAGCUCCUCUCUUCACAGGCCUCCCACCCUGCCCUUGAGCUACAGCCUGGGGGAGCUCCGUUGGGUGCCACCAAGUUUUUUUGUUUUGUUUUGAAGCAAUGUUGGUGGCCACCAAUGAGGGGAGCUGGGACCCCAGAGCUUCCAACACCUGCCUGAUCCCCCUCCCUCACUCCUGCAAUCAAAGCCAUAUAUGAGAGGGGAGGUGGGUGCCAGAUGCUAUGCAACCACAGAGGUAGGGGGAUACGGGUGCUCCACUAAGGGAGUCUGUCCCAAACACUGGGGGAAAGACAGAAAGUGAAAGACGAUUUCAAUCUGUCAGUUGUCCCCUGCAUUGGGAAAUGGGGCAAGGGCUUAGGUGUGAGCUGAGAUUCCUGUGUGGGUUUCCUCGUCUUCUAACUUUACAAAAGACCUGAAGAAUGGCCAGGACAGGAAACAAAGCCUUUGGCUUUGGAAGAGAGCAGAAGCCUAAUAAUGGGACUGAAAAUCUCUUGCGUAAGCAUGUUCUUCUGCCAUGGUCAACGUUUACUGAGAAAAACAUGGGCUCUUUUUAAGGACAGAAGCUCUCUUGGAUCAUGUCCCACAGUACCAUCAGGGAAGUCAUGCUGCAGGAUUAAAAACAGGGACUGUGGAGUUUAUUCCAGCUGAGGAUGAGGUAUCGUAUGGGAAAAGAAGGGAGAAAAACACAGAAAUUGAAUCCACUAAGCUUCCAGCCAUUUUCUUCCUCAUCUUUAGUCUCUUCUGCCUGAGACAAAGACGUUACUGGGGUGAAUGUCACCCUAUAUGCCUCUUUCUCCUCUUCUCUCUCAGCCUUCCUAUCCUCCCAGUCCUCGUUCUGUCUCUAGGAAACUGCACUUUAAAAACAAAAACAACAAACAGCAAAGACAGUCUAUUGCACCAAAACGCAACACCUCAUGGGAAUCUCAUACAUCACACUUUCCCACCCUGACCACACAAACACACAGACACACCUGCAGCCCUCCUCACCGUGUCGCAUCAAGAUUGUGCAUGUGUACAAUACUUCCUCCGAGAGCAAGAAAUCCUGAGUCCACAGCUACAGAACAUCGCAAGCAUGCAUAGCCAGCCUCCCUGUUCUCAGCCAACACACCCCAGACUGAAGAUAAUGCUGUGAAGAACUGGGGGGGAAACCCCUGUAGAGCAAAGAAGUGGCUUGUGCCAUCACCAUCUUCUUCCUCCUUCAGAUAUCCCUCUUUCCAAAAACCCCGUUAUUAUAAAUAGUGAGCAAGCGAGACUGUUUUCUUGAGAACUAUUCUUACACCUUUCAUUGUCACUGAAGAAGGAAUGUGGAUACGGCACAAAGCAGGAGAAGAACUUUGGUGCAAUGACAGCAGGUACCGUUCUAGGUAUCAGGCGAGUCACUUGUCCCAUAGCAUGCCUCAAACUGCCCGGCUCUCAGCAUCCUGGACAAGGUGCUUCUCUCCACAGGAAUGGCCUUUUGGUUUUGAUCUGCUCUCCCUCUUGGUCUUCUCUUCUUUUGCAAAGUAUCUUGGAUUUAAGCAUGGCGUAUUUCUUACAUUUUUUUAAAGAACGGGCAGCUGAGAAUUACUGAUAGAAUAAGUGAUCGCUUACAGAAAGGAUGGGAAAGCUAUGCCCUUCCCAAAGCUGUGUUUGGUCUUCCAACUCUCGUCAGUGCAGUCAGUGGCCAUCAGGCAUGAUGCAAGUUAUAGUUCAACAAUAUCAGACGAGUUACAAGUUCUCCACCUCAGAUCAAGUGGAGGAGUAUGCACUAUGUGAGCUUGGAUUACAAUUCCCAUAAUGAUUGAUUACUAUUUGCCUUGUGGAAGGUCUAGUUGAAAAUAUUCUGGAAAGCACAAAGUUGCAAAUCCUUUAAUGAGUUAAAUUGGAGGCCUGGUAGGAAAAAAUAACUGCAUGUUUUGUCGUAAGCAUAUGAUGUGGUUCCUCAGGUACCAAAUUUCUAUGUUUGAGACCCAAGCUCUGGCAAAGAAGUGGCAAGCGAGAUCUAAGUGGGUGCUGAUGACUAUCUUGGACAGUUAAGCAUAUUGGUUAUAAUCCCCUUCCUUCCAUUACCAGAGCUUUCAUUUCAUUGCAACAAUUAAGUGAAGCAAUAGCGACACUUACUGGGUGGUUAAAGAAAUGCCCACGAGCUACUUUACCCUUUUUGGCUGAUUAUUGAACUAUAAUACACUUUGAAGGAAACCAUGGAGGAUGCAUAAGUAAUAGUAGAGGCGGUGAAAAUAUCUCCUAAGUGGGCUGGAGAGGAAACAGGUGAAGCCAAAAGAAAAUUCUUUUAUGUGGAAGAAAACAUUCCAUUGUGAAUUUCUGUACCAUAGAACGGGGGCAAAUAACAUUAUAUCCUAGCAUCUCAUCUGAUUAGUGUUAUGGACACUUAGACAGAAACAAAGCCCACUGAGCUGUAGAGAAUGUUUUUUCAAGUAAAUUUGUGAAAGAUUGAAACUACCAUCAAUCUAGUUGUCUUCCAGCCUCAGACUGGGAAACAAAUAGCAGUUCCAAUCUAAGAAAGUGAAGGAAGCAUUCCUUUAGGCUGUUUUAUAUCUCAAUCUAUCCUGAGUCUGUUCCUAAAUGUAGGAACACUUAUUCUUUGAUACCUUCCCCAAUAGUCUGAUAUUCUGUUCCUGAAGGAUCAAUGCAUCAUUUACUUCCACCGCCUAUACGGAAUUGCACUGAAAAGAACACGUUGGUAAAAUAUAAAUCUUUCUGAACACAACUCUGUUUUCUAGUUAACAGGGACAAUAUCCCAAAGCUUCACAUCCCAAAGUUCCUGAAAAAUUAACUGGAUUUUUCCAGAUCCCUGAAACUAAUAGCAAUAUCCCCAGGUUACAAUAUAUGCAAAGGGCAAACAAAGCCCUCCUUCUAUGUUAAAGGAGUCUAGUUAAAGUUUCUAUAGUGGGGAAGGGGGUUCUCUUCCUUUACAAUUGCAAUCUCAAUUGCUUUAUGAAAUAAACUGGGCAUCCAGA